AUGAUUACGGAUCCAAAUUAUCCUACAUCUGAUCAAAGUUCUAUAGUCAAUGCUUUGGCCAGUGAUCGAAUCGUAUUUCAACAACUAUUCGAUGCGAUCGGUUCAACAACAAUCAUCCACCAGUUCAAUCCUAAUUGGGAUGGUCAAGGGCUUACCAAUUCAAUAUUAAACCGAAAGUUAAAGGCCUUUGUGGGUGUCUUAGUCAUGCAUGGCAGCUGGGAUACUCUUGCACGUUGUAUUAAAAAGCACUUGCUCAAUUAUGUUACCACAUACAUUGAUGGUCGUGUUGAUAGCAGCAAAUCCAGGAAUGCAUCAGCAAAAGAAAAUGAAAGUAAUUUUCAUAUCCACAAAAGAUUCAUACAAAAUCCCAUCACGCACCAUUUCGAUACUGAAGGAGGGAAACAUAGCCAAGAAUUGAAAGAUCCUCUUGUAACGACGACGACGACGGAUACCGCUGACGAAAGCCUACCAUCAUCCUUUGAAGCUGCACGCAAAAUGCAACUUUUACAAAAUGAAAUGAUGCAAAAAUCUCAAGAGCGAGAAUACCAAUCACCUAAACGUGAUAACUUGAGCAGUCCAGGCAAUGUAUCUUUCAAUAAUCCACGUAGCGCAGUAACACCAAAAGAACAACGCGUAUUUUCCGCUAUUAGUGGAUCAACUUGUACCCUACUACAAUUUAAACAGUACGUCGCCCACCUGCCAGACAUCAAUGCUAGGAAUAGCGGUAAAGUAGGUGAUACACCGUUAAUGUUACUCCUUCGAAAGACUCACUUACGAAGUGACGACGAAAUACCGAAAAUUGAAGUCCUUUUAAGACUUGGUGCUUCUUGGACUGCAACAAACAAUCAGGGUGCAUCUGCAAAUAUAAUCGCUCGCAAACAUGAUAGUGCUGUCAUCGAUAGAUUAAGGAAGAUUCAACCUGUUGAUAUAGAUGAAAGAGUGCCAUUAAGCGAACCGCUGGAAAAUUACUCUGUAUCACCAGAGAUGCAAAAGGUAUUUUCAGCAGUGAGUGGAGAUACUUAUUCGCUACCUCAGUUUGAAGAAGCUGUGAAUAAUGUACCAAACAUUAACUGUAGAAAUUCUGGUAAAAAAGGUGAUACAGCACUCAUGAUGUUAUUACGAAAAGACGUACUAAAAUUAGAAACAGAUAUUCCGAAAAUUAAAAUUUUACUAAGCUAUGAUGCUUCUUGGACAGCCACCAACAAUAGAGGUGAGACUGCAAUGCAGCUUGCUACAAAGCAUCCAUCAAACGUUCUAGAUAUGAUUAAAUUCCCGGCAAAUUCAGCUAAUUCCACAUCAAGUAAUCCAGAACAAGUAAGCACUCCAGUAUCCGAAAGAGAACCAGGUCAAUCGCGUGGUGUAUCAAGUCAAAAAUCUGAAACUCCAAAUUAUUCCACUAACGCAAGUAUUAAUUACAGUCCACCACUUAGGCAUGUUGGCCUUAGGGAACGGAAAGUAAUCGAUGCGAUCAAGAAUAGAAACUCCUCCAUAGGCGAAUUACGACGGGUAAUAUCUAGAGUUGAAAAUUUGAAUUUUUGUGAUAAUAGCGAAGUUGGAGACCCUCCUUUGAUGUUGCUUUUGCGUCAAAAAGAUUUAAAUCUGUCGACCGAUGUAUCAAAAUUUGAACUUCUCAGAAAUUUUGGUGCUUCAUUGGAUUACCGAAAUAAUCGUAACCAAUCCGCUAGGGAUUUGAUUUCUUCACUUGAUAAAAACUUUUUCCUUAAAAUCCAAAAAUUUUGUUAA